AUGGAGUCGAUUUCAAACCCACCCCUUCACGAGGCAUACAAGAUCCUCUUGGACAAGAUCCAAAACAGAAAGGGAGAAGAUGGUUUUGAACAAGAACUCUUGGUGGUGGAGGAGUGCGAAUUGCCAGUGAUCGAUGUGAGGCGUUUAGAAGAGAGUGAUGAAGUGUUGAGGGAAGAGUGCAAGUCUGAGAUAGCUAAGGCAUCUCAAGAAUGGGGUUUCUUCCAGGUCGUGAAGCAUGGGAUUUCCAAUGAUGUUUUCAGCAGGUUGAGGACUGAGCAAGAGAUGAUGUUUCAGCAACCCUUUGAUAAGAAGACCAAAGAGCACAAGUUCUUCAACUUUUCCACUGGUAGCUACCGUUGGGGAACCCCCACUGCAACAUGCAUCAAGCAGUUAUCUUGGUCAGAAGCAUUUCAUAUUCCUUUAACUGACAUACUGAGUUCCAGCGGAUCCAACACUUUUGAUUCGACGGUUGAGCAGUUUGCUAGCCAAGUUUCCUCUCUGGCGCAAACGUUAGCUGAUAUACUGGCUGACAAAAUGGGUCACAAGUCAACUUACUUUCAGGAGAAUUGUUCACCCAGCACCUGUUAUGUUCGCCUGAAUCGAUAUCCUCCCUGCCCCUUGGCUUCUGAGGUUCAUGGACUAAUGCCACAUACAGAUAGUGAUUUCCUCACCAUUUUGCAUCAAGAUCAGGUUACAGGUUUGCAAAUUGUCAAGGAUGGGAAAUGGAUUGCAGUCAAACCUAACCCUGAUGCUCUAAUAAUUAUCAUUGGUGACUUGUUCCAGGUAUGGAGCAAUGGGGUUUACAAGAGUGUUGAGCACCGAGUUGUGACCAACCCAAAAUUGGAAAGGUUCUCUAUGGCGUAUUUCUUUUGCCCUUGUAAUGACACAGUGAUAGAGAGUUGCACAGAGCCCUCGGUGUACAAGAAAUUUAGCUUCGGGGAAUACAGACAAGGAGUUCAAGAUGAUGUUCAGAAAUUGGGCUACAAAAUUGGCCUACCAAAGUUUCUCAUACAUAAAGGGACUACAUAG